AUGGCAUCAUCAGAACAACCAUCAGCCACCGGCAAGAAAAUCCUCUUCAUCAACGGCGCCAACCUCAACCUCCUAGGCACCCGAGAACCACAUCUAUACGGCUCCGUCAGCCUUCCCGACAUCGAAGCCAGCAUCAAGUCUCGAGGAGAGAAGCUCGGCAUCCAGAUUUUGACUUUUCAGUCCAAUCACGAAGGCGCCAUCGUAGAUCGCAUUCAGGAGGCUCGAUUGGAAAAGGUCGAUGCGAUUGUUCUGAACCCUGGAGGCUACACCCACACCAGCGUGGUCAUUCGGGAUGCGCUGCUGGGUGUGUCUAUUCCGUUCAUCGAGUGCCAUGUGAGCAAUGUCCAUGCUAGGGAGCCGUGGAGACACGAGAGCAAAUUCCACGACAAGGCCGUGGCGGUGAUCUGUGGUCUGGGUGCUUAUGGAUACGUGGCGGCAUUGGAGUAUUGGGCCUGGAAGUUUGCCGAUGGGCCAAUGAAAGGCAUUUGA